AAAACCUUUGAUAAUGUUUUGGACAAUCCAAACUACCCCAGAACAAACCUCCCCAACCAUGCUAGUGAAUUACAUUUCUAUUGCUUUCUUUGCUUAUUUGGUUUUAAUAUCAGCUAGCAAAGCCCAAUCAGGACCAACAAAAUCUGGAGCAGAAGCUCUUCUCAAAUGGAAAGAAAGCAUAGGCAACAAUUCAAUCCUCAGUUCAUGGGUAUAUCCUGACAAUGGCAAUUUUUCAAGCUCAAAUCCAUGCAAAUGGAGUGGCAUAGCAUGCAACAAUGCAGGAGAUAUAACUGAAAUAAACCUAGCAUUCACAGGUUUACAAGGUACGCUCGAGCACUUAGAUCUCUCUUCUUUUCCUCAACUUCUUCGCCUCGAUCUCAGAGAAAACCAACUCACUGGAGCCAUACCACUCGACAUAGGCACACUCACAAAACUCCAGCUUCUUGAUCUUUCCACGAAUAAUCUUACCGGUUCACUGCCUCUUUCUCUUGCCAAUCUCUCUCAAGUAAUUGAGAUAGAUUUUUCUAGGAACAUGAUAACUGGUGAGCUUGAUCCAUGGUUGUUUCCUAAUGGAACAAGUGUAACAAACACUGGGCUAGUUAGUCUCAAGAGACUACUCCUCCAAGAUACUUAUCUUAGUGGUCACAUUCCAAUAGAAAUAGGAAAUUCCAAAAAUUUGGUUCUCAUUGCCCUAGAUAGAAGCUUUUUUUUGGGUCCUAUUCCUCAAUCUUUGGGUAAUUUGAGUGAGCUAACCAUCUUGCGCCUUAAUGAUAAUCAAUUUUCUGGACAAAUUCCCCCAAAUAUUGGUACCUUGAGCAAGUUAAUCGAUAUUCGCUUGUUUAUAAAUCAAUUAUCUGGUUCGGUGCCUAGAGAAAUAGGAAACUUGUCAUCCUUGGUAACUCUUCAUCUAGCAGAGAACAACUUCACAGGUCACUUACCUCAACAAGUGUGUCAAGGUGGAAAGCUUGUGAAUUUCAGUGCAUCCUACAACAAUUUCAGUGGUCCUAUCCCAGCAAGUCUAAGAAAUUGCACAACCUUAUACAGAGUCCGGCUUGAAUAUAACCAAUUAACAGGUAAUCUAGACCAAGACUUUGGAGUAUAUCCAAGCCUCACUUACAUAGACUUGGGCUACAAUCGCCUUCAUGGUAAUCUCUCACCACAAUGGGGACAAUGCCGGAACUUGACACUACUAAGAGUUUCCGGGAACAUGAUAGGUGGUGAAAUCCCAAAUGAAAUUGUUCAAUUGAACCAACUAGGAGUGCUUGACCUUUCUUCUAAUCAACUUUCUGGAGAAAUACCGGCCCAAAUUGGAAAAUUGUCAAAAUUAACAUCCCUAAGCUUGAGAGGUAACAAACUUUCGGGUCAUGUACCUUCAGAAAUCGGAGUACUAUCAAAUUUGGGAUAUCUAGACCUCUCAUUGAACAUGUUAAGUGGUCCAAUUCCUGAUCAGAUUGGGAAUUGCUUGAAACUACGGUUUUUGAGUUUGAGCAAGAAUGGCUUAAAUGGUACGAUCCCAUACCAAAUUGGUAAUCUUGUAGGUUUACAAACUGUACUUGAUCUAAGUCACAAUUCGCUAUCCGGAGAGAUAUCACCCCAGAUUGGGAAGCUUAUAAACCUAGAAAAUUUGAACCUCUCUCACAACAAUCUUUCUGGUUCCAUACCAAAUUCUCUAGGUGAUAUGGUCAGCUUGUUGGCCAUUGAUUUGUCCUGCAAUGAUCUAGAGGGUCCUCUUCCUGAUAGUAAGGACUUUUCUUUGUUUCCUCCAAAAUCUUUUGCCAAUAACAAAGAUUUAUGUGGUGAUCUUCAAGGUCUAAGGCCAUGUAACACACCAAUAUCUACUACCAAAAAUGGAGAUCAAUCACGUAUGGUCAUUAUUGUCACCACCUCUACCGUUGGUUCAUUGCUUUUCAUUCUUGUGGUUGUUGGGAUAAUAGUACUUUACAAGAGGCGUUAUCAAUGGAACGUCCAAGAAGAUGAACAAGAGGUUCCAUUACAGAGAGAAAAUCUUUUUUCGUUUUUGAAUUUUGACGGAAAAAUUGUGUAUGAUGACAUCAUCAAUGCAACCGAAGAUUUCAAUGAUGUGUAUUGCAUUGGAGUGGGAGGAUCAUCAAGAGUUUACAAAGCUAAGCUACCGAGUGGCCAAGUGGUUGCAGUGAAAAAGAUGAACUCCACAACCGAAGGCAUGGAGAUUGAUGAGGUGAGGAGUUUUGUGAAUGAGCUAGCAACAUUGGAAGAAAUACGACACCGGAACAUUGUGAAGCUCUAUGGUUUUUGUUCCCAUGAAAGGCACAAAUUUUUGGUUUAUGAGUUCAUGGAAAGAGGAAGCUUGGCAGAUAUUCUAAGCAAUGAGAAAGAAGCAAAGGAGUUGGAUUGGGAUAAGAGGGCGAAAGUUGUUAAAGGUGUAGCAAAUUCUUUAUUAUACUUGCAUCAUGAUUGCGUGCCUCCAAUAAUUCAUCGAGACAUAUCAAGUAAGAAUGUUUUAUUGAACUCAGAACUCGAGGCUCGUGUCUCAGAUUUUGGCAUUGCAAGGUUUCUGAAGCCCAAUUCUUCGAAUUGGACCACAAUCGCAGGGACAUACGGAUACAUCGCUCCAGAGUUAUCAUACACAAUGGAAGUAACAGAAAAAUGUGAUGUGUAUAGCUUUGGGGUUUUGGCACUAGAAGUUUUGAUGGGAUCGCAUCCGGGAACUCUCAUUUCAAAUCUAACCUCACUGGUGGAUCAAAAAAUACAACUUAAAGAUGUGUUAGAUCCUCGUCUUUCACCUCCAACAACUCAAAAGAUUGCAGAUGAACUAACUUCUAUUGUAAACCUAGCACUAUGGUGCUUACAUGCUGAUCCUCAAUCUCGUCCUACCAUGCAUGUUGCAUCCGAGUUGCUCCAAAUGCAAGCUGGUGAUGACUAGAUUUCUAUCUGCAUAUGUAUGAAGUACAUAUUUGCGUCUAGGUUAAAUGUACCAUUUGUUUCUAAAGUAUGCGCUAUGUUUCGUUUUAAGCCCAAUAUUUUAGUUAUGUCAAUAUCGUUUCUGUCAGAUUUUUGUUCGAAGUUGGACAAAAAUACCCUGUCCAUUAUAAAAUUUGGACUGUUACUGAAAUUUCUCUUAACAAUUAUUUUUGU